GCCAUUUAUAGUUGUUACUUUGUAAAUAAAGAAUUUCAUCAAACUUCAUAUUAUUGAAAACGGAGAACAAGCUAAGAAACAGUUCGAACAAACUGGUCCCUAUUCCGAUACGAUCAUAUUUUUGUUAAAUUUAGAGCGCAUAUUCAAUUAAAGUUAGCUUAAAAUCGCAAUAUCAAACGAGCGAUUAUUGAGCGAUUAUACUUCAAAAUGAGCAACAAAAAACAUGAGCAUUCCAGCAAACACGACUGGACAUCGGAGUAUAACCACCCCGACUGCACAAAAUACUACCAGAACGUGAUGGACAAAAUGCAGCUAGUUGAGCGAUGUGAAAUAGUAGCCAAAUACAGCGAGAAACAUCUAGUUCCCCUGUUCAAACAGUGGUCGGGAGAUCUGGACAAGCCCCUUCAGUUUCUGGAUCUUUUGUGUUGCUAUGGAAACGAUACACUGGCCUACAUUAAUGCCUACUUUCAAACUGACUACGCAAAAACGUGGGCAUCACAAGAGACCUGUUUUCAAAUUAGCAAGCCCAGACAAUUUCCAGUUGAGACUCUGGGCAUCGAUAUCAGUGCACCUGCACUCCAGUUUGGCAAGAAGGUUGGAAUAUUUGACAGAACUAAAGUGUUGGAUUUGAACAAAUUGUCAGAAACGGAGACGCAGUUUUUGGAAGAAAAAUGUCAAAGUUCAAAUGUUCUAAUAAUAAAUUCUCUCGCUUACAUCAACGAAGAUCAAAUAAGGCUAAUUAUAGACUGGUUUGCAAGUGGAAAAGAGCCAGGAAUGAUUGCCAUUGGAUUUGUCUAUUCCUAUAUGGGACCAGAGCUGAUAAGUCGAUACAAAUUUCAUUUGUUGAAAAAAUUGAAAUUUUUUGCAUCAGUUCCGAUGAUGAACAGAUAUCUCCAAGAAGCAGAGAGAAUGAAAUUUGGACACGAGUUUGGAACUUACAGCCGAGCUUACUAUGAAGUGUGGUACCUGACAAGAGAAAAAUAGAAAUAGGACGCUAUAGUUAUUCUAGUAUUCAUUCAAGAAAUACAACUUGAAAAACAACUGUUAUAACAUUUAGACAUCACAUAUUAAGUUUACAUAGCCGGCUUAAACAAAUUUUUUUCUCAAUAAUGAGU